AAUCCAUUUCCCGCCAUGCCGCCCCCGUCAGGAAGGCGUAACCAGUAACCACCGUGAUUUCACGCUCCUUUUCCAGCUCUUGAAGUCCUAGCUCCCAACAGAUCUCUCUCUCUCUCUCUCUCUCUUUCUCUCCAUCUCUGUAUUGUUCAAUUCAAAAGAUCAAUUUCUUUUCUGCCAACGGAACUCACUGUUUCACUUCGCCUUUGAAUAUGAAGUUGAAGAUCAACAAAGCCUGCGAUCUCAACUCUAUUUCGGUCCUUCCUCCUCAUUCAAGGAGAUUGAGUGCUAUACCAAGCGGACUACAAACAUCACAGCUUAGAUCGCAACCGUCACAGCAAUCAUUAUCACAGGGCAUUUCAUCACAGCAUGGCGUGUUCUCUCAGCUCUCUCAGACCUCUUUUGACGAAGCUCUGGCAAAUGACCAGAGAUUUAGUUCUCAAGAGCGAGAGAAUUCUGUGAAGAAGACAUCUUUCUUGCCCCCAGUUAGCAAUGCAUGUGAAGAGAGUCAAAUGCCAAUCUCGAGAUCCACCUCCACUUUAAUGCGAAAAUGGAAUCCGGUAUCCAUACCACAUCAUAAAUGUCAGAUACUUGAAGAACUUGAGCAUCGGGUUGGAAUGAUGGAAACUUCAUUAAACAAGUUUGGAAUGAUCUUGGGUUCUGUUCAGAGUGAUGUCAUGCAAGUAAACAAGGGAACAAAAGAAGUAUCACUGGAGAUGGAAGGCAUACGACAGAAACUAAUUGUCCUCGACAACUCGUUGCAGCUAAUGAUCAAGGGACAAGAAGAGACUAAAUUUAGCCUUGAUGGGAACUUGAAAUCCAUAUCUGAUCGACUUAGCAAGGAUAUAUAUCAAGACAAAUCACAACAGAUUUUCUCCGUGCUUUCUGCCUUAAAAAAGCAGAUGGAAGCUUCUCUGCUGAAAUUGCAAAAUGACCUCUGCAUGACCUUUACCAAAGUAAUGCAGGCAACAGCCUGCAGCCUGAAGAUCCCCAGUCAAGGUAGCCCGUCAAUUACUGUGCUUCCUCCAAAGGUUACUGGUUGUUAUACCAUUCCGCAAAGAAAGCAGGAGCCCCUUAGGAAUCCAGCCAUGCCUCCAAAGGCUUGCGGGCAAGCAAUAGUGUGUCCAAAGAUAGAAGUGGGAGCUUGGAACACUGUAAGGCCUGAAAAAGCUACGCAAAGGGCAUACCACAAGGAAGAGAAGUGCAAGGGAGUUUCUUCUUUUCAGAAGGAAAAACAAUGUAGUGUGAUCAUUGAAUCAGAUGAGGAGAUUGAUGGAGGUUUUUCCUGCUUGAUUGCCGAGAAGGAAACAGGCAUUGGAAAAUACAUGAUUGAAGCAACAGAAGAGUCUGAGCGAAUUCUGAGAAGAGCAAGGAGGCGAAAGAGAAAAUAUUGUAAUACAAUAAUUAUUAAUUGAAGGUACUGAAACCAAGGAUGUAACAUGCAGAUUGAUUUGUGCUUGUGUGUAUCGUCCUGAUGGAAGAUUUUCCCGUCAUGAGGUAUGGACUCUUUUGAAGGAGUUAUUGCCAAUGUCCCUAAUUCAGAUGUCCCAUAUAAGCUUUUUAUAUGAGUUUUGACUAGAUUACCAUUUUCUUCCCUCACAUUGAGAUGCUUUCUUUACUUAGAAGCAUGCGACCGAGUAUAGGCAAUGCACGCAAUAAUUAGUGGUUGAGCGAGUAUAUAAUUUUUUUUUCUCGGAAAUUAGUAGUGGGAUCGGGUUGUAUUUGUGGGGGAUCUUUGACUGAAUUCAUGUGCACUGAUCUAAUAACCGGUAGAUAUUAUUGGGAAGAAAUUUUUUUUUUUUUUAAUUGAAGGGAAGAAAAGUUGAUGUGACUUUCGGUGCGCAAGGAAUAUGAAACAAUGUAUGGGAACGCUUUAAAACCUAAAUUUGGAUAGUAGUGAUGAAACAA